AUGUCCGCGACCGCCCCCGCGACAUCUAUGGGCCCUUUGCCCUACCCGAACGCAUUGCAAAGCCGGCACACCACGGCCGAGCACCAUCAGAUCGCCGCUGCUGCCGUGCACGUCUACCAGAGUACCCUCGAGCAAGAGAAGGCUCUCCUGCAAGAAACUGACGCGCUGCUUAGCGAAGAGGAGGCGGGGCGACUCCAGCGGAGAAUUGACAAUCAGGUUGCCGCUGACGCCACUGCCGCACAAUUUCGCGACCGCGCCUGCAAAGUCGUCGCCAGUGUGCCGAGCGAGCAGUAUCGCAGCGAAGACGUCGCCAUCGACAUCUUCCACGCAGCGUGUGACGGUGAUGUAGCGGCUCUCGACGCAUGCCUACGAAGCGCGUCAAGCAUCGACGCCCUCGGGCAGCCAGACCCGGCGCGGUACAACGGCGUUCAGUUCAAGCAGCGGUGGCUCUUCCGCGCGCCGCCGCUCGUCUUCGCGGCCGCCUUCGGACGUGAGGAGGCGGUGCGCUUCCUGCUAGAACACGGGGCAGACCCGCACGUGGCGUCCACCACUGGGCUGCGCGCGCAAGAUUACGCGGCACAGCGCGGCUACAGCGCGAUUGUGUUAAUGCUGACCAGCAGUACGUCGCCCUGA